AUGUCAGCGCUCUCAGCGCUCUCAGCGCUCACCUCACUCGACCUGAGCUCCAACCUCUUCAACCAGCAGCUGGACGGAUUUCUCUCCGACGUGUUCUCGCUCUCUCUGCUCCAGCAGCUGUCCCUCUUUGCCAACUACCUCACCGGCUCGCUCCCCGCACUCCCCUCCUCCCUCCGCGCCCUCGACAUCGCCUACAACUUCCUCUCCGGCUCCCUCCCCACCCUCCCCUCCGCCCUCUCCCACUGCGCUGCGGAACACAACUGCCUUAUCCCCGCUGCCGCCGCCCCCUGCGCUCGCUUUGGAUCCACCCAGCGCCCUGCGGCAGUGGUGGGGGUGGCAGCGGCGUCGGCAACAGAGCGGUGUGCUGCGGGGCCAAACGGGCCGGCUCAUGCCGUGCUGGAUAUGCAGUGCUCAGGAAACACACAAACUUCCAUGACAGAUGCCACAGCGAACGCCCUUCUUGCUCUCAAGAGCGCGUUGGGGGUGACCGCCACGGCAUGGGGCAGUGGGGCGUGCACGGUGGAGGGAUACACCUCGGGCUCUGACUGGCCCGGUGUGGCCUGCGACUCCCUCGGGAACGUCCUCUCCAUUGACUUAACAAGCCAGAAGCUCAAGGGGUCCAUGGCCUCGGAUGUCACCACGCUCACAUCGCUCACACGCCUCACCUUCGACAGCAACCUGUUCUGGGCGCCUCUAGCUUCCUUUGUCUCCUACUUCUCCUCUCUCUCCAACCUCGUCGUGCUCGACCUGCAAUACAACUGGUUCUACGGCACGCUUCCUGCCUACCUGCUCAACCUCCCCAGCCUCACCAGUCUAGCCCUUGGAGGCAACUACCUAACAGGCACCGUACCCAAGCCCACUUCAACCACUCUCUCCAAGCUCACACUCACAGGCAACUUCCUCUCGGGCUCGGUCCCCUCGCUGCCCU